GUUGAAGAUGCUUUUCAGUUUUCUCUGGUUGUUGUGAUAAAUCUUUGCCUCACCAGGUAUGCCGUGGCCGAGUCGGACUGCAACCUGGCCGUCGCCCUUGACGACAGCUACUAUAAGGCGUAUGCUAGGAGAGGAGCCGCUCGGUUUGCCCUGCAAAAACACCAGUUGGCUCUGGAAGAUUACCAGAUGGUCCUCCAGCUGGACCCGGGAAACGCCGAAGCCCAGAGUGAAGUGAAGAAACUCCAGGAGAUCCUUGCUCAGGUGGACGUCCGGGGUCCGGCCGUCCAGCCCGCCGAAGCCACCGCCGCCGACCAGCAGCGACAGCUGGAAGAGCAGCAGAGGAAACAGGAAGCUGUGAUGCAGAAGGACAGAGGAAACGCUUACUUCAAAGAAGGGAAGUAUGAGGCAGCCAUAGAAUGCUACAGCAGAGGAAUGGAGGCAGACGGCAUGAACGUCCUCCUGCCUGCCAACAGAGCCAUGGCCUUCCUCAAGUUGGACAGGUAUAAAGAAGCAGAGGAGGACUGUACAGCAGCCAUUUCUCUGGAUGACACUUACUCCAAGGCCUUCGCCCGCCGCGGCACAGCCAGACUGGCCCUGGGGAAACUGCAGGAGGCCAAGGAAGAUUUCCAGCGGUUGCUCCAGCUGGAGCCCGGGAACAAGCAGGCCCUGAAUGAGCUGCAGAAGCUGCAGACGGAUCCAGACUGCAGCGGCGCUCUGCAGGCGGAGGAUGGCGCCCAGAGGAGGACGGUCCAACCCGUGGACAAACCAGAACAUCUGCGCUCAACCAAACCUCUGAGACGAAUCGACAUCCAGGAGAUCAGCGGGAAGCUAGCGCUGCCCAGGCAGGAAGCUCUUCCUCCGUUAAUCCAGGAAGUAGACAGGAAGACUGACUCGCCGCUGUCUUCAUCGCCCAGCGCCAAGAUCAUCAAAAUGGAGGAAGCAGCAGAAACACAGACACAGAGACAUGACAGAGUUUCUGCCAGCAGAGACGCCAGCCAAUCAGUUCAGGAGGAAUCCACAGAAGCAGCUGAAGCACCAAGUUCAGACGUUCCUCCUGCUCCCAGCAGCAGCUUCCAGCUGGAGGCGGACCUCCGGAAGCUCAGCAAGCAGCCGGAGGCGGUUUACAGAUACCUCAGGCAAAUCAGUCCCUCAGCGUACAGCCAGAUCUUCCAGAACUCUCUGGAGCCGGACCUGCUCAACCAGAUCCUCAGAACCCUGCGCGAUUUCUUCAUAGGGAAUGAACCUCCAACCUCCAUCUUGGAGACCCUCGGCUGUCUGGCGGGUGUGAGGCGCUUCGACAUGGCCGUCAUGUUCAUGACGCCGCAGGACAAGAAAGUGCUGAAGGAGCUGUUUGACUUCCUGCUCCAAGCCCAGCUGGACCAGCCCACCGUUUCAGACCUGCAGAAGAAGUACGGAGUAUGAUGGACGGACAAACGUGUUCCCAGCUUCCAGCGUCUGCAAUGCUUUUUCUUCAACCUGCCAAAUAUAACCUGACAUUUGCUGAACUGAUCACUUAACCAAAUAAAACAGGUGUGUGUUUCUGAAACGUG